AUGGGAAUUAAAGACCUGUCCAAAGUAAUAGCUGAUAAUGCUCCGAAUGCUAUUAAGCUGAAUGAGAUGAAGAGUUAUUUUGGAAGAAAGGUAGCUAUUGAUGCGUCCAUGUGUCUUUACCAGUUUCUCAUUGCUGUGCGGCAAGACGGCUCACAAUUACAAUCAGAAAGUGGUGAAACAACAAGUCAUCUUAUGGGUAUGUUUUACCGGACCAUUCGUAUGAUAGACAAUGGAGUAAAGCCUUGUUAUGUAUUCGAUGGGAAACCACCCGACAUGAAGAGCGGAGAGCUGGAGAAAAGAAGCGAAAAACGAGCUGAAGCAGAGAAAGCUCUGACCGAAGCUAAGGAGCGCGGGGAUGUUGAAGCAGUCGAUAAAUUUGAGCGACGUUUGGUAAAGGUCACAAAGGAACAGAACGAAGACGUCAAGAAGCUUCUUCGCUUAAUGGGUGUGCCAAUUGUCGAGGCAAGGGGUGAAGCUGAAGCUCAAUGUGCUGCUCUUGUUAAGGCUAAAAAGGUCUACGGUACAGCAACAGAAGACAUGGAUGCUUUGACAUUCGGAUCUGAUGUUCUUCUUAGGCAUAUGACAUUCGCGGAAGCAAAGAAAAUGCCUAUCAAGGAAUUCUCCCUCCCUCGUAUCUUGUCAGAUUUCGACAUGACCUAUGAACAAUUCAUCGAUCUCUGUAUUUUGCUUGGAUGUGAUUACUGCGAAUCGAUACGAGGAGUUGGUCCGAAGAAAGCUUUUGAGCUUAUCAAAGCACAUGGCGACAUCGAGUCGGUUUUGGAGAAUAUUGAUACAAAAAAGUACCAAAUACCAGAAAACUGGCCGUACAAGCGGGCAAGAGAGCUAUUCCUCCAUCCCGAAGUGGCUGAAUGUGAAAGUCUAGAAUUGGUUUGGAAAGAGCCUGACGUUGACGGAAUUUUGAAGUUUAUGUGCGAAGAGAAGAAUUUCAAUGAAGAACGAGUUAAAUCAGCUAUUGCAAAAAUGCAGAAAGGUCGCAGUGCAGCUGCACAGGGCCGAAUCGAUGCUUUCUUUUCUGUCAACAAAACCGUUCGCUCGGAACCCACUUCGGCGAAGAGGAAAGUUGAAGAGCAGAAGAAGACAACCAAAAAGAGAGGGCCUCCACUCAAAAAGCCAAAGUGAUUUCAGAAUGUUUCUAUGUAAAUUUCUGUACUUUUGCUUACUUUUUAUCCAUUUUACGUUGUAACUUGUCAUGACGG